AUGCGAUCCGUGAGACUCUUUGCAAUUUUAGCCAUUUGGCUGGGCUAUUCUAUCGCGGCUCCGCUUACAAGCAGCAUCGGGGAAGAUGACGACGAUAUUGUUCUCAAUAUUUUCGGAAAUCACCGAAUUGUCAUCAACGAGGUCGUUGCAACUGUGACGGUGACUGCGUUUCCUGGGAGUGCUACUUCCGGUCCCUACCGCCUCGAGGCUGGACCCGGAGCUACACCACCUGGGUCUUUCCAGCCCAAUUCAGCAGUCGGCUCAGGGGCCGGCCCUCCGGGUGAUCCCGUCUUGGGCAAUACUGAUCCUGCAGCUCCUCCUCUCACAAACAAGCCAUCACCACCAGCUUCUCAACCUACCGUCCUGGUCCCGGCCUGCGACCCUACUCUGGACCGUUCUUCUUUCGACCAUCUUUUAUUAAGCCCCAGACAGGAUUUCUACUAUGUUCAACGGGGUAUUGGGUCUGGUAGUGGAUCUGUUGCCGUUGUGAAAGUCCCACAACUGAUCUAUCCUGCCGUCCAGCUGCAGGUCUCCUCGGCCAUCCGGCGCGUCACUUGCACCACGGACUCGGCUCAGAUUCAGUUUGCCAACCAAGCUGCUUAUGAUACCGCAAUAUCUAACUGGAGCAAAGCCGGUACAUUCAUACUUGUGGCGUACGGUGAAGGUUGCGGGUCUGGCCACGCUGCCGGAGAACAGGAUUACCUGGUCGUCACCAGUGUAACCGGAGACGGUUCCAGUAUCAUCACAGCCGUAAUCCGUGUCACUGAUUUCGAGGGUGCUGUUGGGCGAGAGACUGUUGUCACCAUCGACAUCGGCACUUUCAACCCUACAAACGGUACUGGUGGUUUCACUGUCAUUCCUGGAGCUGGCGACAAUCCGGUCAAUUUUACCGUGGGCGGUAAUUCGGGCGGAAACGGAGGCGCAAGCGGACCUUCUCCGCCCUCUCCGCCCUCUGCCGACAAUCCGGUCAAUUUUCCCGUGGCCGGUAGUUCGGGCGGCAACGGAGGCGCUGGCGGACCUUUUCUACCCUCUGGCAUGGACAAUUUUGACCGGCAGCUUGAUAACUUAAUCGGAUUCGUAAGCAUUGAUAAUCCCAAGUUCGAUGCUCAAUUCUUCCCAACUCCUGCGAACCCCAUUAUUCGUCACAGGAGCGCCGCGGAUCGUGACUCCAAACUCAACAUCGAGAAACGUGGCUUCAGUUCCUUCAUAUCAACAAUAGGCGAUAAACUCAAAUCAGGGGCACGAGAAGCGGAAAGAAAGGCCACAGAGAAUUUGAGUUCAGCUCUUAAUUUCUUUAGGGACGCGAGAGACAGUCUUGAAGGAGCAGCUUUGAAAGCCCUGGGUGCCUUGUCUCGCUUCACAAGCAUUUCCAAAACGUUGAGCGGAAAAUACGGUCUUGACUACUACCCAUCGAACACUGAUACCAAAUGGGGCAGGGCUUACAAGCUGUACGAGGCCAAUUCUGUCAGUGCUUACUGUGUUGGGUGCGGUGCGAAUGGCCAGGUCAUUCUCUCGGGCUCCGUAUCUUUCUCAAUCGCCAACGGUUUUACUUCCGGCACCAUUUCAGCAAACGGCAACCUUCAAGGUGUCGCUCAACUAGGUGUAACCGCGGACGUUGUUAAGCAAUUCGAUCUCACGGAGCAAGUGAUCGCACAAGCAGCAUUGAGCGACCUUGUUCUCGGUGGGGUCCUAACAAUCGGCCCAGCAGUCAAGCUAUCCGCGGGUGCCAAUCUCGGCUUCGAGGCCAGUGGUAGUCUUCUUGCAGGAGUCACACUCGACUGGCCUGCCGUCAGCGCGACCGUCGAUAUUAUCAAGCCUGAUAACACAAAGAUCGACGGAUUCAGGCCAGACGUUACCCCUGCCUUCCAAGCCGAGGGGUCUGUCACCGCAAGUGUUACGCCCUAUGUGAAAGUGGCACUAGAGUUUACCAUCGGUCUCCUCCGGGGCCGGUUCAGCAAAUCCGUGGCUCUAGUCGACCAGCCCAGCAUCAGGGCGACGGCGAACGUCGCAGGCCAGGCUGGGUCGAGCGAUGGUCAAGUUACGGGCUCCUUCACCAACGGGUGCAAAGGCGUUCUCUUGGGUGGCACCUUCAGAAAUCAAGUUUAUGUCGAUAUUCUUGGCUUCACGAGGAAAUCACUCCUCGAUUACACGACCGAUCCCGUCUCGCGGUGCUUAGGAGCCCCUGUUCCUCGAGCUCUUCAUGCACGCCAACUACCUGCAAAUGGCACCGAUGCGCUCACGAUUUCUAUCAUGCAGUCUACAGAUGGUAAUUUCAACCUGCAUGCGGCAGAUAACGGAAACAUCUACUCGAUCUCGUCCGAUGAUUAUACGGACCCUGCCGGCGAUGACUCCACGGUCGCAAGCUCUCAGUUCCAAGCUCUCGGCACGACCAUCGUUGCGGACUCUAAGGAUCGCGUCUUGCAUGGCUACGCGGAUACCCUUGCCAAGUUUGGCGUGAGCCGCCUUCGAUUCUCGCCACCCAGUGCUAUUCCUCAAACUGCAAGACUCAUGGCGAUCGAUCCUUCUGCGAACCCCGAGGGCGGUGACAGUCUGGGAAUCCAAGUAGCUCGUGACACCGCUACGAACGUUUUCCAUCUUGUCACCUGUGUCUACGACAUGCUCUAUCCCAAGGUCUUCCUUGUUGCUGCGGACAGCGUGUAUGCGGGUUUGGAAAAGCUUGAAAGCAACGACGCGGACAUGACGAAAUCAGUAACGGGGGGCCGUGUCCGCCAAUGUGGUCUUCUGGCGUAUGCAAACGGCUACAGCAAGUCCUAG